UACAAUGUCAACUUAAUUCUUGUUUUUCUGUACAAGGAGCAAAUUGUAGAUUUUUUUACAUUUUGUUGUAAAUAAUGAAACACAAAAAAGGAAUUUAUAUAAAAACCGCCCCCCAGCAAAAGGAAGGGGAAGAAUAUGUGGAGGAUGCGAAAGAUUGCCGGAAAGAUGACUCGAAAAUAUCCGAAGUUUGGUUGCCCAACUCUAACACUGCAUUUAGAUUGCUGAUGUCAGCAAAUUUGUGUUCGGCGCUCAUGAACAAUGUAACAGAUUGUGAUGAGACGUACAAUUACUGGGAACCACUGCAUCACUUGUUGUAUGGGGAGGGCUUUCAAACGUGGGAGUAUUCGCCUGUAUAUGCGAUUCGCUCAUGGGCGUAUAUUUGUUUACACUCUAUGCUGACAUGGGCACACCUUGGGUUUCUGAACGAAAACAAACUUUUAGUGUUUUAUUUUAUCCGGAUGAUAUUCGGCUUGGUAUGUACUUUAUGUGAGAUACAGUUUUAUAAAGGAGUUUCGUUGAGGUUUGGGAAUAAUGUUGCUCGUAUACUACUAGCAUUGAUGGUGCUGGGAACUGGUAUGUUUAUAUCUUCCACUGCAUUCCUACCAAGUACCUUCUGCAUGUUUGGAACCUUUCUAUUCAUGGGGUUGUGGCUGCAAGAGAAACUGAACCUCGCUAUAUUAACUGUAGCAGCAAGUGCAAUCAUAGGUUGGCCAUUCUCUGUUGCCCUUGGUAUUCCACUGGCUGUUGACAUCCUUAUAAGGCGGCGAAAGUAUUGGUUUUUCACCAAAUGGUGCUUGGUUGCCAUAGCUACAAUGUUGCUUCCAAGUUUUUUGAUUGACAGUUUUUUUUACGGCAAACCAGUCAUUGCAUCAUUGAAUAUUUUGACUUACAACGUAUUCACUGAACAUGGGCCAGAUAUUUAUGGCACAGAACCUUUAUCGUAUUAUGUAAUCAAUGGAUUCCUUAAUUUCAACGUUGCCUUUCUCCUCGCAUUGUCAACAAUCGUCAUUGUUCCAAUCUGUGAGGUCAUAAUUGUGUUGAAACACGCAGGUUACCGACCACCCAUGUUGUUAAUAUCUUUCUCAAUCGCACCCAUGUACAUAUGGAUCCUAAUAUUCUUCACACGACCUCACAAAGAAGAGAGGUUUCUUUUCCCAAUCUACCCCUUAAUAUGUUUAUCAUCAGCUGUCACAAUCGCAACAUUGCAAAAACUUUAUGGAUUUUUUAAAUUCCAUCGUUACUUGAGUGUUCAGUGGAUCGCGGCGUUGGUUUUGACCAUAUAUGGAGUCAUAUCGUUGUCCAGGUCUUUUGCUUUGUUCAAUGCUUAUCAUGGGUCAAUGGAACUAUAUCCAAAACUCCACCAUAUUGCGGAUAAAGCUGAUACAAGUGAAACGACAGUCCGUGUGUGCAUGGGAAAAGAAUGGCAUCGAUUCCCGUCAAGUUUUUUACUUCCCAACAAUUUCACACUUGAGUUGAUCCGGUCUGAGUUCAAAGGUCAACUUCCGGCCAAGUUCGAGGCCCCAGGAUUGGAGGGCACUCGAGCAGAACCUCGACAUUUCAAUGACGAAAACCUUGAGGAAAAAUCCCGCUACGUUGACGUUGAAACUUGCCAUUUCCUGAUUGAUUUCAACCAUGGUGAGGAAUCAACGCAUGAACCAAUCUACAGCCAACAGCAGGAUAAUUGGAAGAUUUUAAAAGAAGUUGAUUUUCUCAUUAGCAAGAAAUCGACAUCAUCUUUGCACCGGGCGUUUUUCGUCCCGUUUUAUUUUUAUGAACGAAACGAUUUCGGAAAAUACCAGCUUUUGCAAUCAAGAACUAAUUUGUUGAAACGUAAACCUGAUUCUAAUACGUAGUGAUCGUUGUGUAGGUAUUUUGUUAAUGAAGCAGUGAAUAUUACAGCGGUGUCGCCAAAUACAACUCAACUUAUAAUCAUCUAUGAAAAGUGGUGCAACCAAUAUUUGUUUAUUAAUAAAACUGCAAUAUUUGAUUUA